AUGCCUUCACCUUCAGUCGAUCCUAAAAUCGCUAUUAUUGGCGCCGGUCUCUCAGGCUUAACCCUAGCCUUGGCUCUACACCAGCGAGGGCUCACGAAUAUCACCAUCUACGAAGGCCGAAACGAGUCUCUAGAUAUUGGUGGUGCAAUUAUGCUAUCACCCAACGCACUCAAGGUUCUCGAUGCACUCGACAUCUAUGCACGCCUUCGACCACUAGGGUUCGAGUUUGAGUCCCUUGAUUUCCGCCAGUCUGACAACACACCAGUCGAUACUUUUGAAUUUGGAUCUUUCAUAAAAUACGGAUACAAAGCCUUGAGAGUAUAUCGCUAUGAGAUUAUCGACAUAUUGCACGAACUUGUGCGAGAGAAGGAAGGGAUUACUAUUGAAUACGGGAAAAAGUUCGCCAGAGUCAUAUCCGAAGAAAGGGGCGUAACCUGGGAGUUUAGUGAUGGCUCUGAGGCAUCUGCUUCGUUUCUAGUGGGCGCCGACGGUAUUCAUUCCCAAGUUCGGAAACACAUCUAUCCAGACCUCGAGCCUCGGUUCACGGGUGCCAUCGGCGUCACGGCCGCCGUACCAACAGCACAACUCAAUCUUCCUACCAAUUACUCCACCCCGGUUACUAUUAUGAACCGUGAGCAUGGCGCGUUUGUGAUCUCACAACAACUUCGGGAUGGAAGCGAAUGCCUAAUUGGUAAACAGCGCCGGUUUCAAACUGAUCUCUCGAAGCAAGGAUGGGUAGAGAUGCUAGAGAACAAAGAUUGGUGCAUUGACUUUUUACGAGAGGGCGCAGAAAACUUCCCAGAUCUUGUCAAAAAUGCCGUCAGCGAUAUCCCCAAAGACAAGAUUAAUCUAUGGCCAUUUUAUGUGGUUCCGAAGUUGGACACAUGGGUGUCGCGUGGUUCUCGGGUUGUGAUUCUAGGAGACGCGGCGCAUGCUAUUCCCCCUACCGCAGGCCAAGGUGUUAAUCAGGCUUUUGAGGAUGUGUACACUUUUGCCGGCGUAGUUGCUGCAUUAAGCAAGAAGGGCGAGCUUCAUCAAACGGUACUAGCGGAGGGAUUGAGGAACUGGCAGGCGGGGAGACAAGUUAGAAUCGACAAGGUGUUGGAAUUGAAUGGCAUGAUUGACAAAAGACGAAUGCCAAAAGCUGUAUCCGAGGGGAAAGAGGAAGAAGAAAUCGGCGAGUUUGAACUUACCUGGUUGUACGAUGUUGAUUUGGAGCAAAUGGUUGUUCAGUGGGCUGCACCAAAGGUCAAAUCGUGGAAUCCCUGCUCGUUGUUUAGGUAA